CGUUCACACAUAGUCCCCGUGGGUACAAUUUCUCUGUGUCUUUACUCCACAUACCCACUAGUCUGAAAGGUAGAGACCUCAGAAGAGACUGCAGUUGGUGCUUGCAUGAAGACGCGUUUUGGGGGGACUCGCUGCGCAUGGCACAUUACGCCUGGAUCUGAACCGAAAGGGGCAUCCGAUCAGGGCUCUUAUAGAAAUGGGUGUUAAGAAUGGCAAGCGGUUGAGUUUGCAGGAGUAAAGCGUCGGGACGCGCAUUCCUGGUCUGCGUUAGGGAAUGUGGUGGUGGAUCUCCUUUGGCGCGACGCUUUCGGAUGCGCGAUGCUGGAUGAGAUGAAAUCCCGGGCCAAAUCUGGGCGCUUAACGUGAUACUACAGAUCUGAGCUCCCUAAACCAAAUCGUCUGCCCCUCGCACGUAAAAGGGGAAUCCGCGGAAAGUUGCGCAAUGGCUCUCGUCAUGGAACCUGUUAGUAAAUGGAGCCCCAGUCAAGUUGUGGACUGGAUGAAAGGUCUAGAUGACUGCUUGCAGCAAUAUAUAAAGAACUUUGAACGGGAGAAGGUGGGAGGCGAUCAGCUGCUGAGGAUCACCCAUCAGGAGCUGGAGGAUCUUGGAGUUUCCCGUAUAGGACAUCAAGAGCUGAUCCUGGAAGCUGUGGACCUGCUGUGCGCACUGAACUAUGGUCUAGAGACAGAAAACCUGAAAACACUCUCGCACAAGCUCAAUGCCUCUGCCAAGAACCUGCAGAACUUCAUCACGGGCCGCAGACGAAGCGGCCAUUACGAUGGCCGGACGACCCGCAAGCUGCCCAACGAUUUCUUAACCUCUGUGGUGGAUCUCAUCGCGGCGGCUAAAAGUCUCCUAGCCUGGCUGGAUAGGUGUUACUUUUUUUGCAGGUCACCAUUCGCUGCCGUAACAGACUAUUCUGUGACCCGGAACAAUGUGAUCCAGUUGUGCCUGGAACUCACUACUAUAGUACAGCAGGACUGCACCGUCUAUGAAACUGAAAAUAAGAUCCUCCAUGUGUGUAAGACUUUAUCUGGAGUGUGUGAUCACAUCAUCUCACUCUCAUCAGACCCGCUGGUAUCCCAGUCAGCGCAUCUGGAGGUGGUUCAGCUGGCUAACAUCAAACCCACCGAGGGUCUGGGAAUGUAUAUCAAAUCCACAUAUGAUGGACUUCAUGUUAUAACAGGAACCACAGAGGGGUCUCCAGCCGACCGCUGUAAAAAGAUCCAUGCAGGGGAUGAGGUCAUCCAGGUGAACCAUCAGACCGUAGUGGGCUGGCAGUUGAAAAACUUGGUAAGCUCUCUUCGCGGGGACCCUGCCGGUGUGACACUGACCCUGAAAAAACGCCCUCAGAGCACGCUCACCUCCGCCCCAGCCCUACUAAAGAACAUGAGAUGGAAGCCCCUGGCCCUACAGCAGCCGGUUGUUCCCAGGAGUCCCACCAGCAGCUCAGCCACGCCCACAAGUACAAUCAGCACACCCUCAAAGCGGGAUAGCUCCGCCCUCCAAGACCUCUAUAUCCCGCCUCCUCCCCCUGAACCGUAUACACCCAGAGAUGAGAAAGUUGGUCUCUCUGGUGAAGGCGGGCAGCUUGUUGCAAAAGGCUCAGAAUCUCCAAACUCAUUCCUGGAUCAAGAGUACAGACGUCGAUUUCCCCUGAUGGAAGAGGAUGCUGUCCUUUACUGCUACGAGUACGACCCAAACCACGGACCAACAACGUCCCGUCGAGAUAGCACACCCACUUACGGUCGAUUGAGGCCCAUCUCGAUGCCUGUAGAGUACAACUGGGUUCCUGACUAUGAGGACCCAGCGAGACUGAAGAGAGAAGGUCGGAGAGAAAACUCUUUGCUGCGAUAUGUAAGUGAGGAAAAGGCUGCUGAUCUGGCAGUAAGGAGCAUGAAGAGAGACACUGGAAAGCGCACCAAGAAAAAGAGCGAAAAGAGCAAUAGCCCGGCCCACUACGCUCUCCUUCCCACCCUUCAGAUGGAAGUACUCCGCCAGGAAUCCAUGAACACGCCUAAUCCAGACUCCACCUCUCUUUACCAUACAUUCCAGGGAUCCUCUCUGUUAUCAAAGACCAAGAAAAAGAAUAAAGCGGGUCCACUGUCUUCCAUCAGUAAAAGACGAAUCUCCUGUAAAGACCUGGGCCGCGGAGAUUGUGAGGGCUGGCUGUGGAAGAAGAAGGAUGCAAAGAGCUAUUUCUCUCAAAAAUGGAAGAAAUACUGGUUUGUUUUGAAGGACACCUGCUUAUACUGGUACAUGAAUGAGGAGGAUGAGAAGGCCGAAGGGUUUGUUAGCCUGCCAGAGUUUAAGAUCGACAGAGCUAGCGAAUGUCGCAAGAAAUACGCAUUUAAAGCUUGCCAUCCUAAAAUCAAGAGCUUCUACUUUGCCGCCGACGGCGUGGACGAUAUGAACAGAUGGUUGAGUCGUCUCAAUAUGGCAGCUGCCGGCUAUGCGGAGAGAGAGAGGAUCCGUCAGGAACAAGCAGACUACUGGAGUGAAAGUGAACACGAAGACAAUGAAACGCCCUCAACGCCCAAGCAAGACAGCCCGCCGCCCCCUUAUGACACAUACCCACGACCACCCUCAAAUCAGGUCAGCUGUGCCAGUCCUUACCUGGAACCGAAGCACGGUCGCCUCUCAUCCACUGAAACCUCCCAAUCCCGAUCUUCUCACGAAGAAUACCGCUCUGAACCACAAGGGGGCAGCAGCAGCGGAGGGGGUUCGCCCGCUCGAAAGUCCACAAGCCAGCGGCGUUCGUGGCAGGACCUGAUUGAGACCCCUUUGACCAGUUCUGGCCUUCACUACCUACAGACCCUUCCUCUAGAGGACGCUGUCUUUUGUGAACCGGGGGCGGGUCUGUCUCCAGAAUAUCGUCGGCAGUCCACCCUGCCUGCACAGCGCACGUUGAUGCAGGAUCAUUAUGGCCCCUUCCCCAUGGUUGAGGGGGAGAGGCUCAGAGACCCCCACGCAGUGGUUGGGAAACCCCGGAGCUUCACCCUGCCGCGAGAUAGCGGCCUGCAUGCCCUCCUCACACCAUCCGUCAGCAUGGCGGACCAGCGGGACCCCAAUCGAAGGGAGCUCAGUCGUAGUCACUGCAUCAACAAUGGCGGGGAGCAGGAGUGCCACGGGCAGCCGGAUUCGCUUGGUGAUUUGUAUCGGGCGCUGGAGCGUGCCAGUCUGUCGCCCAUUGGUGAGCAUCGCCUUUCUACCCGUCUGGAGUACAAACACCUUUUCAUCCGGCGUUGCAACGAUCCGCAGCUAAAUGAAAAAGUGCAUCAUCUUCGCAUCCUGCAGAGCACGCUAAAGGACAGGGAGGGCGAGGUAGCAAUGAUUGACAAGCUGCUGGCCAAUCCAAAGCUCACAUCCUCAGAGUUCCAGGAAUGGAAGAAAGUUUACAUGGAGCUGUUUGCAGAAGAGCCGCAGCGGGACCGUCAGCCGAGCCCUGCCUCCGAGCCCAGCCCUGCGGCCACACCUGAGCUCGCCCCUCGCACGCCCUCCCUUUCACAUACACACUCUUACAUUGAGACUCACGUUUGACAAACACAAAGGCAUAAUUAGACUUUACUUGUUGAUCAGUUCACAACAUCGCCACAUAGUUUGAAGAACGUUUCAGUUAAUUUUGUUCCCAUUGACCUUAGUCAGGGUGAAAGUUCAUAUUUAAAUAGAUACAGUAACACGUCUUGUUUUGGCAUUAAGUCCAUGUCUUACGCUGCCUUUCUACUGCACAUGAGAAAAAACAGACAUUCAUCCUAUAAAGAGCUGCAUGGGAUUGUCAUCAUCUUUUCGAAUCCGAUACGAGCUUUGGAUGCGUUAAAAUUAUAAUAUACUCAAGCGACUAGAUCGUAUGUGACACGCAGGACAUAAGUGGUCUAUUGCAGUGUAUUACAAUAUGCGCAUUAAAAUUAUUCAUCCGUUUUUGUAUAAUUUUAACUUUUGCUUGAACUCACCCAUCCUGACUGGAAACACCGGGUCGUCAUCUACAUAUGCUUUAAACACUUUGUUUAACACAUUGUUUACAUGGGUACAAAUAGCUGUACAAACAAAGCCCUCUAGGUGCCCCGAAUCCCUACCCGCAAGCUUCGGAGUACACCAUACCUGCACACGGGGUUACCAUGGUUACCAGCCCUCCGACGGCUCAGACGAGAAGAGAAAAUGCGCUUACAGCAAGAAUAAACCUGGCCCACCUCUAAACAGGAAACCAAUGUAGAACCAGCAAACUGAGCACUUGGAAAAAAACCUUUCGACGAAACACAAAGAUGCACGGAGAGCAAACGCGUCUGAACCCCAUAAACACUUAUAGUACUCUCACUUUGUUGUUCUGCUGUACUUGUGGUUUUGUUUGCCUGACUUUAAAAAGCAUAUAUCAUAACAAACGCACAUACACUCAGACGUAAAUAAUCAUGUUUAUAUGCCUCUUUAGCGUACGUUAUACUCUAUUGUAUUAUAAUACUAUAUAUUUAUGAAUUGCGGUUACACAUCGGCUGGCCCCGACUUAUAGCACUUGUACAUUUGUGUGGAAGGUGUGCGAGUGUGCAUGAUCAUGAAACACAAAUGUGUUUACCUCAUCUCACCAGAAUCUUUGCAGAGUGUUUUGUCAUACAAGCAAUUUAAAUGAUGUUCUGUUAGCUUUAUCAAAAGCAUCUGUGUAAUGUUGUCGGGCACCACAGAAGAUCAUUUUGCCUCAUCCCUCAGAAAAGUAAUGCCCUUACAGUAUAAUAAUGCAAUGGAAAUCCAUAUGGCCAAAAUAUUACAGAGAAUCACGUAACAGAAAUGCAAAGCUCUUUUUUGUUUUAAAGCUGCAAUUUGUAAUUUUUGUAUUUAUAGUUAAAACUGCAGGUAACGUAACUUACUUAUCUUUACGUGUGUUAAAGUCAGAUGGCAUUAAAAUGACAUUUUCAGUCGUUUCAGAUGGACGACGCACCGUCCAUUGUAAUUAAUUGAAGCCUAAAAUGUCCGACCAUGGUCGCCGCCAUGUGUAUGCUACAUAAAAGCGUCAAUUUGGAGCCAAGGCAUGAGCAGAAGGAAUCACCCGUGGAGCCAGAGGCGGAGUCGUGGUAACAAACUCCCGCCCAAACGCUUGCGCGCCCAAUUCAACCAUGCCAAUCAUAAAGACACCCCCCUUUCCUAUAGCAUCAAAUUACUAGCUAAAAUGAAACUUUGAACAGAUCAGCGUGAUAACAAGUACCUUAAAGGACUACCUUUUUACUAUAGCAGAGUCCCAUUCAUUUGAAUGGAGAGGGUGGAGUUUAUGACUUGUACUGCAGCCAGCCACCAGGGGACGAAUAAAGAGCCAGAGGUUUUACUUUUCAAGACAUAUGAGGCACAUCCGAUCCCGAUACGGCUCUGACAUCUUGGGUCUUAAGUCUGCGCAGUAUCGAUUUCGGGACCAGUCCUGCGCAGUAGUGAGCAGGAAGUAAAGCCAGAUACAUUUUGGGCGCUGCAGCAUAUUAAAUAUGAUAAAUAGUGUUUCCGCGCGAGAAAUACAAUGUGUGGCGGGAGUGCAUGCAUGACAAAAGACUGAAAGCCCGGCUAUUAUCAGCGGCCUCAAAACACUACCUGCCCACCGGGAUAAGUCCCGACUCUCCCGAUUGCCACUUCGCUACUGUCAUCAUCACCUCAAUCCUGGCGACGUAGCUUGUUGUGUUGUCAUAGUGAUGAGUACACUGUAAAAAAAAUCUGUAGAAAUUACAGUAUUACGGGUAUUACUGGCAACUAGCUGCCAGUAACUUACUGUAGAUUUUACAUGUAUGUUAUUUACUGUCUUUAUCUUCUACAGUAAGUUACUGGCAACCAGCUUCAUAAUUACAGCAAAUUUUUUACAGUGUAGUUGUCAUAGUGAUGACAUCUACGGUAAGCAAAAAAAACUUUAGCGUGUUCAAUCUGCACCAUAGAACUGUCUUAAACAGACUAUCUGACGGGUUUUAGAAGAUUAAAUACAACCCAAAACUUAAAAACUAGGGAUGCACCGAAUCCAGUAUUCGGAUUCGGCCGAAUACUGGGCUUUUUGACGGGGUUCGGAUUCGGCCGAAUCCUAGAUUUUUUUUCCACCGAACCGAACCCUAGGCUUGCGCUACGCGGCCGUUGAUUACACACAUCGGGUGCUGACGUGGAGAUUAGCUUUUUCUUUCGGUGAGCCUUAGGGGCUGGACACACCAAAACUUUUAAACAAAGCUGAAAACGCCUUGAGGACACCAAAUUCCAGCUGUUUUUCAGCCGAGCGCUUGGUAGCUGUGAUGCUUCAGCUGUGAGCCAGUUGGUUGCUGUGGUAAUCUCCCGCCCCUCCUCCACUGUAAUUGGACGGCCGUGUGAAACCUGACAUUGACGAGCGGAGCUUCUCACUCAAAGUUAAAUAUAGUUUUCAGCGCGGAGCUGCUUGCUUAUUGUAAAAACGAGCGUGUCGCAACGCAUCGCUUUCAUUAUGCAUAGGCUUAUGGUAAUUGUCAAAAUAGUUUUUCCAACUUGUCAUCCUGGCAUAAUGUACAGUUAAAAUUAAAUAAAAUGAAAAAUACACUGCUGUGGACGUUGUUUACUUCAUUAAUGUGUUUUACUGUGUUAAUGGAAUAAGGAUGCGAGUAGGAUUCGGUAUUCGGUUUCGAAUUCGGCCGAAUCUUAAACGGUGGAUUCGGGAUUCCGCCGAACCUAAAAAAUCUGGAUUCGGUGCAUCCCUAUUAAAAACAGACCAGGCCUUUAUUUGAGACAGGCGUUUAUUUACCCAAACCUGUCGUCACACCAGGCGUCUAAAAGAGACAGGCGUCUAUUUGGGACUUGGCUAUUAUUUGAAGUUUUACGGUAUUGCAAAAAAAAGUUUUUAUGCUCCGGUUAUGUGGUUUCUCAGUUUCUUUGAAAAAGGAAUAUAUUGCAAAACCGCAAUGGAAAAAAAUUAUUCGCGUUUUACAGGCCACCUGACGUGCCGUAAAAGUCACAUGAUCAUUCUUUAAAUAUGGCACGGUAUGUUUGAUUGGAUGACAAGACAGACGAAGUUUGGUUGACUUCAUGCGCUAUUCGGGAGUCGACUGCUUUGUAUGCUUUUGAGUCGCAUAUUUUGAUGUAUUUUGCAUGUCGGUCUGCGUGGAGCCGUAUGAAGUCAUCCGACGCUAUGGUUUUUGGAAUGACUGAUUGAGAGAAAACAAAAUUAAGUUUAAGUCUCAUAACAUCGAUUAAUAGGAACAUUUUCAUUUUGAAACAUUUAAAUAAUAACGCUAAAGUUUUGCGCAAAUCUUUAAUUGAAAUGCAGCUACUGAUUUCUUAUGCCCCAUUCAGACUACUAGCGACUUUCUCAGUGCGUGUCGUAUGUCUCUUUCACUAAGGUUGUUACUUGCCGUUGCUAAUUUUGGUUGUCAUAAACAAACAAGUAUCGUCCACCUAACUAACUGACAAGAGAUGGACAAUGUGAGCUCCACUGGUUCACUUUCAUUGGUAGUCGCUACUGAAAGUCGCUCAUGAUUUGCAUAAAGUUAAACUUUUUUAACUUUGUUGCAUUGCUGAACACGCCCCCUUCCUGUCACCAAAGGGUCACUUUCGCUCGUGUCACUGGAAGUCGGUGAGCUUACUUUGAAACGAAUGUAUAUUUUUAACGGAAAUAUUUACGGAUUUGAGCUUUAAUUCCUCAGUCCUA